GUUACUGCAAAAAAAAAAAGUCUUGCUUUUAUUGACAUUACUUCUUCUGACAACAUAACAAUUAUAAACAAUGAAGUUGAGAAGUCAUAACGAAAGAAUGGUAAAUAAAGAAGAACUGUCAUCUAUAGUGUGCAGUAAUUGUGAAGCAACAAUAACCAUUAAUCGAGAUCUAUUAAUUUCAAACAAGAUUCAAAAGCCUUUGACAAGUCGUCAUUUAGAUCAUUUUGAACAUGCUCCUUCUUCAAUUUUUCUAUUUAACAAGGAAGAAGAAGACGACGACGACGACGAAGAAGACGAAUUAUCAGAUGAUUCAAUAAAUAAUGAAUAUUUGGAAAUAAGUAAAAUAAAUAUUAUACCUCAAAUCGAUCCUACUGCAGCUUAUAAUACUAGACGUAAAUUUCAAAAAGUGAUGUUGGAUACAAAUAUCAAUAAAGAUGACCAAUUAGAGACAACAUCUAUUACUACUACAAAUAGCGUAUCACAAAAUAAAAAAACAAAUGCUAUACUAACUGAAUGUCAGAAAGCAGAGAAUAUAGAAGGCUCAAAGUGCAAAUCCUCUAUUGAAUCUUUACUAUUAAUACCAGGAGAGAAAGUAGAAAAAGAAAGAUCAAAAUUAUUAUUAUCAUCACAAUUAGGUGAAAUAUACCCAGAUGAUCUCUUAAUAUCAGAUAUAAUUCUUGGAGAAGGGCAAAUGGGUAUUGUCAGACUAGGGAAAUAUCGUGAACUCUUGGUAGCUUGCAAAACAAAGCGUGCUAGAACACGUCGAGAACCAUUUGAGAUUCAAGCAAAACGUGAACUUGAGUUCGCUGCAAAACUAUCGGUAUGUAGAUAUGUAAAUCAAUAUUUUGGAUGGAUCUAUUGUAAGCGACAUAAAGUAGAAGAGAACUUAAAAUACGAUAUUGCCUCUUAUAAAAAGAAUAAAGCUAAAAAUUUAUAUAUUAUUCAAAGAUAUGUUCCGAAUGGAGAUGCAAGGAAUUAUUUAGAUAAACGAGUUUAUACUUUUCAGCCUCAAGAAGUAUUACAGGCUUCAAUUUGUUUAUUCUCGGCUUUAACAGAUGCACAUGCACUUGGUAUUGGUAUUGUUGAUCUUAAGCUUGAAAACUUUUUGAUUGAUGCCUCUGGGGCAGGUUGGCUGACUGAUUUUGGAUCAUGUAUUGAAUUCAAGAGUGGAAAUGAUGAAAUUGACUUGGAUCAAGAAGGUGUUUCUUGGACAAAGAACGUAGCUUCACCAGAAAUGUUACGUUCACAUAAAUUUUCAAAAGCUUCUGAUAUUUUUAUGGCAAUGUUAAUUGUUGCUGAAUUGUUAACGGCUGAUUUAAGUGAUGCAGAGUUUUAUCGUCAAAUCCUAAAGCGCAACCGUUCAACAGGGGAAGUAUCAUUUUCCUCUGAUCAUAUUCAUAAAAGAUAUGAAAUGUUUUUUCAACUCUUAAAGCUUGGAUUAUCAAAUGAUCCUUUAAAGAGGCCUACAGCUUCUUCUAUACUUGAAUGUUUGCUUAAAAUGAAAGUUUAAUUAUUUAUUAAAAUUCUCGCUUUCUAAUCAUUACUUCAUGCCACAUUUUCAAAUCACCAAGAAAAGACCAAAUAGGGUAUCUAAAUGUCGCUGGCU